AUGGCCGAGACUCUAUCUCGUCAGACUCGCUCAAACAGCUUGCAGCGCAUGCUGGAUCUUGAGAAGCAAUACAUGAGCCAGAGACUGCGCACCGGCUCGAACCAGUCUAAAAACCCGGGAGUCACAUUCAACAGUCUUCCAUCAUCGUCAGGGCAGCGGCCUGCAACAAAGGGUCGCCAAAUCGAAACCCAAACGGUGCAAGAGCGCCGCCAAAGCGAGCAACGCCAAAGAAGCUUCCCGCUCCAGACUCACGCACCAAAGCCCCAGCUGGUGAUAGAUGUCAAUACCGCUUCGUCUAAGCCAUCGGCCUCUGCUAUUCGCCAGCCCGCCAUCAACAUGAAGAUUCGUCGAAGCAGCAGAAAUAUUGCCGACACUCCGCCUUCUGUACCAUACAGCUCUACCGUUCAGGCUUCUCCAAACCCGGUGUCCGGAACUGACAGUUCCGUCUGCCAGUCUCCUAGCUGGGAGGCUUAUGAUAAACGAAAGCAAGAGAAGAAGGAGGAGAGGAGAGCUAGGGACGAAGCAAAAGCUACGAGAAAACCUCGCCGCCUGAGUAAACCUCCUCCAGAUCCAUCGCCAUGUGCACUUGCUCAAGCCAAGCCGAACCAAUCUGAACCUGUGAUUGCAGGCAAUGGCAGAAAGCCUCGGCCUUCUAGCAUGAUCUUUUCUGACAAUACUUCCAAGGAGGCGACAUUCUACAAGCAGCCUCGCUCCCGUGCCGGGUCAUUUUCGACCCUCAUCAGAUCAACUUUUGACUUCCGGCGUUCUUCGGUUGAUCAGUCUCAGGAGCGUCCAUUCAUUGGGGGUAUCAAACUUGAAUAUGAGCAACAUCUUGCCAGCGAAAGAGACCCGAAUCUGCAGAGUGCAAUCGAUCUCCCGAAUGUCCAUCCUGCGUUGCGCACAAGCAACACAUCUCUCAAGUCUCCACCCCCGCCGCCCCGCGCGACAGAUUCGAAGAGUACCAGUUCUCGGGCUUAUCCUCCUAAUACUUUUGCAACUGCAAAGGCAAAGUCGAUGUCGUUGGUAUCUCCAACCGCCCCACCAGUGCCAGACCUCAGUACCAUUGAGAAAUGGCGCGCACGUGUUCGCCUAAGGUCAUCAAGCAAAUCUUCAUCGUCUAGAAGCCCCGUCGCGAAAGACACCGAGCCGGCCUCAAACACUCACGAUGAUUCAAACAAAUCAGAUGCUAGCUCCGAAGAAGCAGCUAGACGCGAUGGCGAUACUGAGCACGCAAAGGAAAAGACCCCACCUCCAGAGCCUCCUCGUCGAAGUUCAAAGCGCGAGUCGAUGACGAGCGGCAGUCCGUCAAUGCCUGUCCUCAGCGCUCCUCUCAUGCAUGUGCCACUAGAGACUGAUUCUUCUUCCUUCUACGAUUUGUCUUUUACAGCUGCCAAAGACGAUAACAAGCAGCCAAGUGCAAGCCUUUCCUGGGAGAAUCUUCAAUCGUCAGUUAUGGACACGAUUGAGCAUACUGUCAAGCCGAAGGCCGAACUUGAGAAGGAAGAGGGCGAGAAGGCUUUCUGGAACAGCCAAGAGUGGGCUAUUCAGCGCUCUGAUGUUCCUCAAAUCACUUCUAGCUCCUCAGAAGAUUCUGCAUCCGAUUGCUUCAAUACUGUUUCGAUGCCAAGCACGCCCAAUACAUCGAGACCCCAGUCAGAGAAGGGUAUCCCGCGAAAUUCAGGGGAGUCGGAACGAUUCACUUUACCUAGGAUUCAAUUACACGACAACGCCUACCCCAGCGAGGCCUGUUCCUUUGUUUCCUCGAGCUCGAUUCAUGGCGCCUACGACGUCGAUGGCGAGGUUGAUCCUAUCCAGGCUGCGGCUCGAAAGGUCAUGGCUGCUUUACCUCCAAUGCCAUCGGCAAGACCGGCCACUGAGCAUGAAGCUUUGCGGUUGCGGUCCAAUGAUAUCGACACUUCGAGCAUUUCGGAUCUCUCAUUAAUUGAAGUUCCUAAACUGUCUCCGAGGAACCCUAAAGCACAGCCCGCCAAGCGUGCUAAUGGCGAUACAGUUGCCAAAGUUUUCGUUGAAUGCUGCGGAUGCAAGUAUUAUCACGAUAUGCCCAGCAAACUGUAUGACGCAAUGGUGAAUCCCAAUGUUGUCUUGAGCCCCAAAGACAGAUUGGACUUCGCUGGUGCUAUCUCGAUGACGGCCAGGGAAGAAGCAGAGGCCAACAACUUCCCUUCCGAAGCGUACUUCGACGACGACGAUGACGAUGCUAUUGAGCUAUCGCUCGUCGCUGAUAACUUCUUUUCUGAAGCAUGCUUCGACGACGACGAUGAUGAUGCUAUUGAGCUAUCCCACUCCCUUUUCCCACUAGCCACGCGGGGCAUGACGACAACCAGCAAAGCAACUGUUGAAGCCGUGGCUGUAGCAGGCUGUGUGGGCCACAGCAACCACUUAGAGUUAAAUAAAAGCUUAAAAAAGUUUUAA